AGCCUCGGGCGGCCGGACCAGCUGGCACCGGGAAGGCGGGACGUAAGGUCGCCGGCCACCAUGCUGCAGCGCUGCGGCCGGCGCCUGCUGCUGGCCCUGGCGGGAGCGCUGCUGGCUUGCCUCCUGGUGCUCACGGCCGACCCGCCGCCGACCCCGGUGCCCGCCGAGCGCGGCCGGCGCGCGCUGCGCAGCCUGGCGGGCUCCGCCGGGGCGGCUCCGGCUCCAGGGUCCAGGGUGGCCGUGGAGCCCGGAGUCCUCGCCCGUGAGGUGCACAGCCUCUCCGAAUACUUCAGCCUGCUCACCCGCGCUCGCAGAGAUGCGGAUCCACCGCCUGGGGUCGCCUCCCGCCAGGCCGACGGCCGCCCGCGUCCCCCGGCCGAGGUCCUGUCCCCUCGCGACGUCUUCAUCGCGGUCAAGACCACCAGAAAGUUUCACCGCGCGCGCCUCGACCUGCUGUUCGAGACCUGGAUCUCGCGCCACAAGGAGAUGACUUUCAUCUUCACCGACGGGGAGGACGAAGCUCUGGCCAAACUCACGGGCAACGUGGUACUGACGAACUGCUCUGCGGCCCAUAGCCGCCAGGCCCUGUCCUGCAAGAUGGCUGUGGAGUAUGACCGGUUCAUUGAGUCUGGGAAGAAGUGGUUCUGCCACGUGGAUGAUGACAAUUACGUCAACAUUCGGGCGCUGCUGCGGCUGCUGGCCAGCUACCCCCACACCCAAGACGUGUACAUCGGCAAGCCCAGCCUGGACAGGCCCAUCCAGGCCACUGAACGGAUCAGCGAGCACAAGGUGCGACCUGUCCACUUCUGGUUUGCCACCGGGGGAGCUGGCUUCUGCAUCAGCCGGGGGCUGGCCCUAAAGAUGGGCCCAUGGGCCAGUGGAGGACACUUCAUGAGCACAGCCGAGCGCAUCCGGCUGCCUGAUGACUGCACCAUUGGCUACAUUGUGGAGGCGCUGCUGGGCGUCCCCCUCAUCCGGAGCGGCCUCUUCCACUCCCACCUGGAGAAUCUGCAGCAGGUGCCCGCCACCGAGCUCCAGGAGCAGGUGACUCUGAGCUACGGCAUGUUUGAGAACAAGCGGAACGCGGUGCACAUCAAGGGACCCUUCUCGGUGGAGGCUGACCCAUCCAGGUUCCGCUCUGUCCACUGCCACCUGUAUCCGGACACACCCUGGUGUCCACGCACCGCCGCCGUCUUCUAGCAGCCGUGGCUGAGACCCUGUCCCUGGGCGCCCCUGGUAUCCAAAGGGCCCAGGGACCCCUGUCGUGCGUCCUGGCCUUGCUGUACGAGGCUCUUCAGGGCUGUGUGUAUGUGUACGUGUGUGUGUCUGUAUUUGUGUAUUUGUGUGCCGUGCCUACCCGUGUUGCAGACUGCUGGGCAGUCGUGUUUCAGGGAGGUGGCAGGCCCCUCUACACUCUGAGCCACCCCGAGGGCAGUUCUCUGGGAGCCGUGCAGCUCUGCAGUGGUGGCGAGGGGCCUCAGGGCUCUCCUUUGGGUGCACGGCUGCUGCCUUGUAGCACAGUCUCUAAGUCGGGGUGCCAGCACCUACCCAGGACCUUCCUUCCGUGACAGCUGAGCCGUGCCCAGUGCUACGGAAGCUGGUUCGGGUGGUCCGAGGCCUGGGCCCCUCCUAGGAGCUCUGGCCUGGGCGCUGCCAGUGGCCAUUCAGGGGAACAGCAAUCCUCACUCCCUGCCCUCCAGGGUAGGGGUGAAGGCUCCAGCCCUGCCCCUUGAGGUCCUAUCUUUGUCUCCCACACUCGUGGGGUUCAGAGUUAUGAAUUUUAUCUCCUCUCCAAAGUAGAGAGAAAGUCGCCCAUAGUGGGUGUGUCUGUAAAUAUUGUGACAGUAUUUUUUUACUGUGCUGUUUCGUGAGGGGUGGGGGACAUUUGUGGGGAAUGUAAAAGGAGGGGGGUGGUUGUUUUCUGGGGUGGGCUGGAGAGGGUCUUAUUUUAUCUUUUCUGUGGAUCAGAAAAAAGCAGAAGCCAGACAGGCUUGGUCUUUGGGAAGCUGGACCAUGGAUGCCUUAGUCCUGUAUUUAUGCUUUCCAGUAUCUGGAAUCCCUCGGCACUCCCCGCCCUGCCAUCCUCCCCAGCACCCCGAAGCUCACCCCGCCCCACCCCACCCCCACCCCGUGGGCUGUGUUUCUUUUUGCAAAGACCUUAGCUAGGCAAGCUAAUGAUGAUAAGGGAAAAGCUCUCAGGGAAUUGAUGUGUUGUUGCCAUGGUGACGUCCUUCCUCUGAAUAAAGGUGCUCUUUGCAGC